AUGGCUGCUCGGAUUGCGAGCUUCCUUGGUAUUUCCAGUGUCGCCUGUCUUAGUUCGGCGAAUGGCAUCGUCGCCCACGACACCAUCUCUCGCGAUGUAAUCAUCCUGGGUGGUGGCAGCUCGGGGACCUAUGCCGCCAUUCGUCUCAAAGAUCAAGGCAAGACCGUUGCUGUCGUUGAACGCAACGACUAUUUGGGAGGUCACUGUGAAACCUACUACACCGAAGAUACUACACCUUUGAAUUAUGGUGUGGAGGGAUUCUUCAACACGACCGUGACUCGGAACUAUCUUGAACGGCUUCAGGUGCCCUAUGGACGCCGCAGCCCUGCUCCUGCGCACGAAGUUUACGUGAAUUGGAACACCGGGACAAGGACAGAAUAUCCUCCGGGCCAGCUCCAGGAUAGGGAAGCAUUCGCAAAAUGGGUCGAUGUCAUCUCCCAGUUUGGCUUCUUGGAUGAGGGCGUGUACCGAAUCCCCGAACCGGUGCCGGAGGACCUCAUCAGCCCUUUCCCGGAUUUUGUAAGGAAGUACCACCUGGAGGAUGCCGUGUUCGCCCUUUUCUCUCAUACUUCUGGUGACGUCUUCGAAAUGAUCGCCCUCUACGUCAUCCAGUAUAUUGGAGUCCCCCACACCGCUGCCUUGAAUGAAGGCUACAUCCGGCCCCUUGAGGGCAUAGCCGCUCUGUACAAGAGCGCUGGCAAAGAGCUCGGCAACGACGUCUUCUUGAAAACGACUCCCAAGACAGUUCACCGCUCCGAAGAUGGCGUCGAAGUCACCGUGCGCAGUGCUGACGGGACCACGACGCUGCUGCAGGGAAAGCAACUGCUAGUCACCAUUCCGCCCCUGCUGCCCAACCUCCACAGCUUUCAGCUCAGCGAGCAAGAAUCCCGCAUGUUCUCCAAGUGGCAGUAUCACCAGUACUGGGCCGCCCUGGUCAAUAACACUGGUCUCCCCGACGAUGUGAACUUGGUCCACGUCGAUACAGAGCGCCUGUACGGUGUCCCCGAGGAGCCCUUCAUCUGGCGCCUGGAUAACCAUUGGGCCCCAGGCUACCACAACGUCAAAAUGGUCGGUGGGUCCGACUUCGGAGAGGCUGAGGCGAAGGCGCACAUGUAUGAGAAGUUCGAGCUUCUUCAUGCGGCGGGAACAUACUCUACGCACAAGCCCGAGAUCAUCAAGUUCGGAAACCACACCCCUGUUACCAUGUUCGUUUCGGCAGAGGAGAUUCGCGGAGGAUUCUAUCGGCAGCUGUAUGAUCUCCAGGGGCUGAACAGCACGUUCUGGACGGGCUCCACUUGGGCAUCAGAUUAUUCGACCUUGAUUUGGGGGUAUACAGAUGAAGUUCUCGACCAGAUGGCUGCUUAG